GGCUUCAAAAGGUCAUUUGGAAUAUGAGAAAUCAAAACAAAAUUGUUAUAAGUCGAUGGAAGACCAACGUCGCCUUGAGCAGACGGCCAUGCGUUCUGUCGCCCGUCAUGGCAACGACUCCAUGCCCGAUUACGGGGCUUUCCUAUACCAGAUCAGGGAGGUGGGAAAGGAGUCCGAGAACUGCGUCGACCUCACGUGCAAAACGUCCGAAACAGUAUGCAACUCGCUGUUUGUCACGGUGUGCAUCAGUGCGUUUCUUGCGCUGCCAGUUGCCAUGAUCUCUAUGGGCGUGAAGUACCUCGAGGACUGCCCCAAGGAGCCCCGUAUCCCAGUGUAUCUUCUAUUGGGCGGAUGCCUCGGCAUCAUCAAACUGCUCUCUUCGCUCUGGCGAAACAUUCAGACGCGCAGGUAUCAAAACGUCAGCUUCGACGACCCAGAUGAUGACUGCGCUUUCACUAGUUCAACGUACCGUACUAUGGACACAAUGCUGUUCUUGUUCUUGUGCGGUUGGCAGAUUGCCGGGACGUACUGGACGUUUAAGAUCUGGACGCCGCACUUUAAACAACUUCUUUACGAGCCGAGCAACUGGUGUGAUCAGACGGUGUAUAUGUUCACCGUAUAUCAGUUGUGCACGUGCUACGUCGUCAUGGCGGCGUUCGUGUUGGUGCUCGCAAUGCUCAUUUGUUAUUUAGUUUGCAGUUGUCGGUGAUCAAUAUAUCACUGAUAUAUAAAUAACUGAUGUUAAUCGAGCAAAUAAGCCUAAAUAGACAACUCUUAACACCUGACAAAUAAAUGUUAAUACGCCUAUACAAGUUUCUACAUAUUGUAUUCGUUUAUAGAUCUUAAAAUUAUCAGAAUAUGACAAAUAUACGUCGAUUAUAUUAUAAUUUAAAAUCGAACAGGGACAAAUAUGUUUACACUCAACUUUACUGUUUUUAUUAUAAUCUAGGAUUUAUUUCUUCCUUUUCGCACAAAGUAUCGUCUUGUUGGCAUUUCAACGCCACCUUGUUCGGCUAUUUUCCGAAAUAGAUACGAAGACAUACUCAGUUAUUUUAUCUAUUUCUGGAGGUACAUGUUUAGACCAGUUAAAAAAGCGAGAUUUAAAUUACGUAAUUGUAACAAUUAACGAUUCCCAAUGUAUUGAUAUAUUUUGCUAAUCACUUUAAAUGAAUGUGUGUUUUGCCAUUACUAUACAUACUUUUAAACACCAUUAAAUACGGAAAGAUAUCUGAAUAAUGAGAUGCAAAGAGGUUAUGCAACUAUAUCAUCAAAUUCCCUUCUUAACGUAAUAAAUUGUGAAAAGAAACUGACAGACAUAAUAAUAAAAAGCGAGAAAAUAGUUUUAAUA